AUGGCCUCUCGCGCGCCCACCCCUCCUGCUCCUCCCCACCUCCGCCUCCACGCCGCGUCCCUCUCCUCGCCGCGCCUCCCACUCCCGCACACGCGCGCCCCGCGCUGCCGCGGCGGACGGAGCCGCCUCCUCUCCGCGCUGCCAUCGCCGUCCCCCUCGCCGGCCUCGCGCUCGCAGGGCGUCUCCACCGCGCCGAUCGAGCGCGAACCACCGGGACCCGCGCCCGCGCCGCCUCCCCCAGCUCAGCAGCCGCAGCCGCAGCCCCGCCGGGACCCGGCGAUCGCCGCGGAGGUCGCGCGCCUCUCCGCCGCCCGCGAGAGGCUCCGCGCGGCGCGCACGCUCCGUGACAAGCUCCGCGCGCUCGACGCGGAGCCCCGCGUCGCGGCGUUCUUCGGCAAGGAGUCGAGCCGCGGGGUGCUGGGCGCGCUCGAGCCCCGCGAGGUGCUCCUGCUGAAAUGCCUCGUCGCGGCAGGACAGGAGCACGUGCUCGGCCGUGAGCUCGACUGGUACGGCGGCGACGGCCACCACGAGCACCACCACCGCAACGGGGCGAGGGGUGGUAGUGCCCUGCGGGAUGCGCUCUAUCAAAUUAUGGCAUUGGAGUUCCUUUCAGCCUCUAAGGAUCACAUGCACCGACCUAGCAAAGACAAGUUUGUUGAUUUCCAUGUUCCCAGUGGACUUAAUUUGUUGGAGGAUAAAGAAUAUGCAUCUCAAGCAGCUCUGUGGGGAAUUGAGGGUUUGCCAGAACUAGGUGAAAUUUACCCAAUUGGUGGUGCGGGUGAUCGUCUUGGUUUAGUGGACUCAGAUACUGGUGAAUCCUUUCCUGCUGCGUUGCUCCCUUACUGUGGGAGAUCUCUGUUGGAAGGGCUGAUAAGGGAUCUGCAGGCUAGAGAGUUUCUCCACUUCAAGAUCUUUGGAGGUCAAUGUAUAACCCCAGUUGCAAUCAUGACUAGUUCUGUGAAGGAUAAUCAUGAACAUAUAAUUGCAAUAUGUGAAAGACUUGAUUGGUUUGGUAGAGGCCGUGACAAUUUCCGGUUGUUCGAACAGCCUUUGGUACCUGUAGUAAACGCCGAGGAUGGUAAAUGGUUAGUCAGCAAAUCAUUUUUUCCUGUUGGUAAACCUGGUGGUCAUGGCGCUAUUUGGAAACUUGCAUAUGAUAGAGGUGUACUCCAAUGGUUACAAAAUUGUGGCAGAAAAGGUGCAACUGUACGCCAAGUCAGCAAUGUGGUUGCUGCAACUGAUUUGACCGUGAUGGCAUUGGCAGGAAUAGGCCUUCGAUGCAAUAAGAAAUUAGGUUUUGCAUCUUGUGAGCGAAGACCGGGGGCUACUGAAGGAGUGAAUGUCCUUAUUGAGAAACAAAAUCUUGAGGGGCUAUGGUCAUAUGGCAUCACUUGUAUUGAGUACACUGAGUUUGAAAAGUAUGGCAUCCCAGAACCUACAGUUAGCUUUCCAGCAAAUACGAACAUUCUCUAUGUUGAUCUACAAGCAGUAGAGGAAGUUGGAUCCCGCAAAAAUGCUAGUUGCUUACCAGGGAUGGUGCUAAAUUUGAAAAAGGCAGUAUUGUACGUCAACCAUCUCGGCUUUGAGUGUAGUGCGACUGGAGGCAGGCUAGAGUGCACAAUGCAAAACAUUGCAGAUGAUUUUAUGAACACUUAUAACUACAGAUGCAGCAAAGGAAUAGAAAGUGAGCUUAACACUUUCAUUGUAUAUAAUGAAAGGAAAAGAGUCACUUCAUCAGCUAAAAGGAAGCUGAAAUCAGAAGACAGAUCAUUGCACCAGACUCCAGAGGGUUCACUCCUUGACAUUAUGCGUAAUGCUCAUGACCUCCUUUCCAGUUGCAGCAUAGAUAUCCCCAUGUUCGUAGGUGGUUCUGUUUCUAAUGGUUCAGAGUUGCAAAUAGAGGUGGCUGAGUUUCUAUGGAAAGAUGUUGAGCUGGAUGGAAGCCUUAUUAUUCUAGCUGAUAACAUCAUGGGUUCAACCAAGAAGAACAAAAAUGGUGAACAGAUACUGCACUAUGGUUCCAGGUGCGGGAGAUGCAGACUUCAAAGUGUUAAAAUUGUGAACGAAGGGAUCAACUGGACUUCUCCAAAUAAUGUCUAUUGGAAGCAUGAUGUGGAGAGAUCAGAAUCUGUAAAGAUUAUUCUUCAUGGAAACUCAGAAUUUGAGGCAAAAGAUGUAGUCUUGAAGGGUAACCAUGUAUUUGAAGUACCCAAUGGUCAUAGAAUGUGCAUCAUUCAGGACAGAGCAGGUUUUGUUGUUAAAUUGGAUCUUAUACGCGACGAUCUGAUGGACAGUGGAACCUGGCAUUGGAAGUAUGCAGUUGAUGGCGUCCAUACUGUCAGUGGCACCCAGUUACAGCUUAUUAGUAGAUUUCAGCAUUGUAAUCGAUCUGGAACAUUGGUGAUGAAACCUGAAACUGGCUACUUCACAGAUAAGGAGAACUAUGUACUGUACAAAAUAAUUGGGUCUGAGGUAACUGAAUAUGUGUUAACACUUAACAAAGUUAAAGCUCAACAUGGUGUUACAGUUGAGCUUUAUCGACACAGGUUUGUGUAUUGUCUGCAUGUCAGUGUUGUUUUGAACUGA